AUGUUGAGUGCCGGGGUGGUGUAUACGAGCAUUCUGAGCUUCCUGCUAUGGUCUUCCUGGCUACGUAGUACGCAUGGCCCAUUGCACAUUGAUCCCCUCCCCAAAUACAUGCAGGCGCCGUCACAAGGGCACGCGCCUGCGUACCCAACGACCGGCAACCAAAGCGCCGUAUCGUGCGAGGUGGAUAUGUGCUCCUAUGCCGGCAUGUACCUGCUAGAGCAAGGCGGGUCUGCGGCGGAUGCAGCGAUUGGAGCAGCACUAUGUGUUGGUGUCGUCGAUUCUUUUCAUUCCGGCAUUGGCGGCGGCGGAUUUGCGCUGAUCAAGGAGCCAGGCCAAGACCCAGCCGUGGUAGACUACCGCGAAGUCGCGCCGCAAGCAGCACACCGCGACAUGUACAAGAACAAGCAUGUGAAUGCGAGUCUAUUUGGAGGGCUCGCAGUAGCUGUCCCGGGCGAGGUGCGCGGCUACGAAGCCAUGCAUGCACGCUACGGCAAACUUCCAUGGUCCGCUCUCUUUGAGCCGGCCAUCACCAUUGCCCGCCGUGGUUUCCUCGCGCCCAAGCAGCUCGCGCUUGUGGUCCAAUUUGUCGGCCAGCCCUUGUGCAUGCUCCCGUGGAUGCAGCCGCACUUUUGUCCGAACGGCCAGCUGCUUCGCACCGGCGAGCAAGUGCGCUUUCCUGCCCUCGCCGAUACGCUGGCACGUAUUGCCGCACACGGCCCCGACACGAUGUAUACGGGCGAGUUUGCAGAUCGCAUGGUCAAGAGCGCUGCGAUAGCUGGCGGUAUCCUCACGCACGACGACCUCGCGUCGUACCGCGCCGAGUUCCGCAAUGCAACGUACAUCGACUACCAGGACCAGUACCGAGUGUGGACUGUACCUGCGCCAGCAUCUGGCGUCACGCUACUCUCGGCCUUGCGUACAAUGGAAAACUACCCGUCCGUACCGUACUCGGAGCACGACGCGCUAUGGACGCACCGGCUGAUUGAGUCGGCCAAGUUUGCCUACGGCGAGCACAGCCGGUACGGCGAUCCUGCGUUUGUCUCUGGCGUACGGGCCAUGGAGGCAGCGUCGAUAUCAGUAGCGCAUGGGAAGGCGCGGUACCAUCAAAUCAACGACACGCAUGUCUUGCCGCUCGACGCCUAUGAUCCAGCGCACGACGACAUCCAGACCAGCAAAGGGACGUCGCAUUUGAAUGCAGUCGAUGCGGACGGGCUUGCGGUCUCGAUGACGACCACCAUCAACACAUUUUGGGGCAGCUUUGUCCAAACUCCCGACGGCAUCACCAUGAACAAUGGAAUGAAUGAUUUUGGCGUGCCGGGCGUGCCGAAUAAUUUCGGCUACGUGCCGUCCCCGGCCAACUUUAUUGUGGGGGGCAAGCGCCCGCUCUCGUCCAUGUGCCCCUACAUGAUUCAAGACGGCGACGCAUUGGCCGUGAUUGGUGGCAGCGCUGGAGGCUCGCGCAUCAUCACAGCGAAUCUGCAAAUUGCGUACGCGUACCUCUCGAGUCGCGGAAAAGUAGCGCUGCAAGACGCGAUUGCGCGUCCACGCUGGCACGACCAGCUGCUCCCCCCCGUGACGCUCUUUGAACAAGCUUUGCCAAACUUCGACAUUCCAUUUACCGACUAUGACAACAGGUACGCAUUUCCCCUACUUACCUCAGCACUGUCGCACAGCUAG